AUGGACAAGUACCGAAAGGUGAUGAAGCCCAAGGAGGACAUCCAGAAGACUGACGAGGAGAUCCGCGUGACUGCUGCUGGCAGUGUGUCUGCGUACGUGUCACGUGCGGCCACCGUUUUCAAUGAGCUCCAGAAGCCCUUUGUGAUUGUUCAGGCCACCGGCAAUGCCUUGACCAAAGCAGUGACCGCUGCAGAGGUCAUCAAACGCCGUUUCAAGGGCCUGCACCAAAUCACCGAGCUGAAAACAGUUGAAAUUGUUGACGAGUAUGAGCCCCUCGAGGAAGGCCUGGACAAGGUUACAGACGUCCGCAACGUCUCCGUGAUCGAGAUCAAGCUGUCCAAGGAGGCCCUGGACACCACCGACAAAGGCUACCAGGCGCCGCUGGACGAGUCCUUGGUCAAGGAGUUCGAGCCUGAGGACAUGGUCCGAGGUCGGGGACGUGGCCUUGGUAAAGGCGGCCGCGGCAAGGGAAAGGGCCGCGGUCGAGGGAAAGGCAGAGGGCGCGGCAAGGGCAAGGGAAAGUCGGAUGACGACGAGCCCAGGAAGGGCAAGAGCAAGGGAAAAGGAAAGGGCGGCAAGGGCAAAGGAAAGUCCAAGGGCCGGGACUAUGAUGACUAUGACGAUGACUAUCCGUCCAAGUCGAAGGGCAAAGGGAAGGGCAAGAGCAAAGGCAAGAGCAAGAGCAGGUAUGACGACUACGAGGAGCCCAAGGGCAAGGGCAAGAAGGGAAGCAAAGGCAAGGGAAAGAGCUCCUGGGAGGACUCUUACUCUGCCCCUUCGAAGUCCAAAGGCAAGGGCAAGGACAGGAGUGACAAGGGCGGCAAAAGCAAGUCCUACAGCAGCCGGGGCUACCAGGAGGACAGCUACAGCAAGCCCAAGGGAACCAGCAAGGGCUGGGGCAAGGGCAACUCAAAAGGCUAUGAUGACUGGGGCGGCAAGUCGAGCAGCAAGGGAAAGAGCCAGGGCAAAGGCAAGAGCAAGGGGGGCUACUACUGA